UAGAUGGCUAAAGCAUUCGCACAGUCUGCCACGAUCAGCGCGUUGAUCGGAUAACCUCUCCCGCACGCAGUGUAUUUUCUCGUCGAAGAAUCGAAGUUUCGUUCGUUAAUUGCGGAUACAACGCUUCCAGAGAGAUGAUUCCAUUCAGAUUUUACAAUGGAAUCAGGAAUUUCGCCACGAAACUGGAUCAGAUUGGUAACCUCGUUAAGCAAAACAAAGUGGUCGUAUUCAUGAAAGGGGUUCCGGAGGAGCCCAGAUGUGGCUUCAGCAACGCGGUUGUUCAGAUAUUGAGGAUGCACGACGUCAAAUACGAUGCGCACGAUGUGCUCAAGGACGAUGAACUUCGGCAAGGCGUCAAGGAAUUUUCGAACUGGCCCACGAUACCACAAGUGUUCAUAAACGGCGAGUUCGUCGGAGGUUGCGAUAUACUAAUGGAAAUGCAUAACAACGGCAGUUUGCUGGUGGUGCUGAAAAAGGCCGGCAUCACGAGCGCCCUCCUUAAAAUCUAAACACGUUCCUUUGAGAAACUAUGUACAAUAUAGAGCCACAGCGCGUCGGGAACUCGUCGUGUGCAACGGCUCGGAAAGGACUGACAACUUUUGGCAAUGCAACUGCUUUGGUAGUGCGCAUGACCGUAGAUCGAUUGCGCUACGAUCUCGACACCACGAACAGCUAUCUAUGAAAAUACAAUUUGUAAUACUUUUCUGCUACCAGCGACCGUCAAUUUGGCCAACUUUAUUCGAGGAAACCGUACCGCGUGCUCUUGCACCGUCGAAAAUCCCAUAGAACGUAGGAACAUCUAACAAACCCGGCCCAGGGAGGCUCGUUCAUCAACCCUUAAUUACCUAAGUGGUCCUAGGUGAUUUUAACAGACCUAACUCAGGCGUUAAUUAACCCUUCGCACUCGAAGUCAUUCGAGCUGUAAAUCUAAAAUAACUUUUCUGACUUAUAGUAUUUCCAUUUUACACGACAAAGAGCGUGUUAUGCGUACGGAAUCGAGUCUCGUGACUCGAACAGCGGUUACACUUUUAACAAUUUUUUAAAUCUAUACUUCGACGGUAUAAAAAUGAUCUUAGAACGCGACGCAACAAUUUUUCCGGUGCUUCAGCGUCACCGCUCGAGUGCAAAGGGUUAAACGAACGCGAUUAACGCACCUGGGCCGCGUUACAAUGUCUCGGCAGGACAUUAAACCGUGCGUAGGUCGUCGCGGAGUUAACAUCAACCUGUUUAAUAUCGCCUUUUCCCCUGUCGGGCCGGAGCAGCAGGGGUGGUUAGAUUUCACGGCCGGAUGAAAAAUCGACCGAGUUGCCGGCGCACCUCGGCGACUGGACACAGAGGGUGUCGGCGAGCUAUAACAUUAUCCGGCGGCGCUACGCGGAGGAUUUACUACCGGUUUCCGGUUUGUCGCGAGCCGCGAAUCGCGGAGGGAAAAUGCGGAGGCCGGAGGGUGGAAAAAUUGGUUCAAGGCCGUGCGGGUCACGUCACGUCACGGAGGUCUGCGUUGCAUGUGCAUGCGUGAGUAAUAUAACGUGCAUCGUGUUCUUCCGCAUUGCGUUCACGGAGUUCUUGGCCCCUCCGGUUACAACCGGCCGACUUUCAAUUUAUGGCCGCGAGAACGAGCGUUUACUGCCGGCAGGGGGUGAACAAGCGGCGCAGCGGCGAUAGGGGACGAACGUGCCGGAUAACGCGGUUCACGGUGUGUUCGGGGUGCGGCGGUGAAAGUAUUCAUAGUCUUUUUGCAGGGCGAUCGAAGUCGUUCAGUCGCAAUCGAAUAAGCAGAUUAUCUGAACAUUGAAAUACAUAGCGAUUUUAUUGGAA